AUGGACAACUCCUCACAGACAGAGGAAGAGGAGAAGGAAGAGGAGGAGGAGGAGGAGGAGGGAGAAGAGGAGGAGGAAGGGGAGCAAAAGGAGGAAAAAGAGGAGGAGGAGGAAGAGGAGGGAGCGUCACUCCUGCUUCCUUUUCCAUCCUGA